AUGGAAGAAGAAGACGACAUAUAUACACAAGAUGGGACCAUUAACAUUCACAGAAAACCUGCCAACAAGAAAAAGACUGGAAAUUGGAAAGCUUGCUGGUUUAUUCUUGGAAAUGAAGCUAGUGAAAGAUUGGCAUACUAUGGUAUGAGUACAAACCUGGUGAACUAUCUUCAGGAACGUUUCAACCAGGGAAAUGCAGCUGCUGCAAAAAGCGUCAAUACAUGGUCAGGCACAUGCUACAUCACACCAUUGCUUGGAGCCUUUUUAGCUGAUGCAUACAUUGGAAGAUACUGGACAAUUGCUAGUUUCUCAACUAUCUAUGUCAUUGGAAUGAUACUUUUAACAUUGUCUGCUUCAGCCCCUGGACUAAAGCCAUCAUGUGAUGCUAAUGGUUGCCAUCCAACAUCGGCACAAAUUGCAGCAUGCUUUAUAGCACUCUACUUGAUUGCUCUUGGAACUGGUGGUAUCAAACCAUGUGUCUCAUCUUUUGGUGCUGACCAAUUUGAUGAAUCAGAUGAGGAAGAGAGAAAAAGGAAGAGCUCUUUCUUCAACUGGUUUUACUUCUCAAUUAAUAUUGGUGCACUUGUUGCUUCCUCAGUAUUAGUUUGGAUACAAAUGAAUGUGGGCUGGGGAUGGGGUUUUGGAGUUCCUGCAGUUGCAAUGGUCAUUGCUAUUAUAUCUUUUUUUGGUGGUAGUAAGCUCUACAGACUUCAAGUUCCUGGAGGCAGUCCCCUUACAAGGAUUUGUCAAGUCAUAGUUGCAGCCUCUAGGAAAUUUAGUGUGCAAGUUCCAGAUGAUAAAUCUCUUCUUCAUGAGACUGUAGAUGUAGAAUCUGUCAUCAAAGGUAGCCGCAAGCUUGACCACACAAACAACUUCAAGUGUUUGGAUAAGGCAGCAGUAGAGACACAAUCCGACCGCUUGAAGAAUCUGCCGAAUUCAUGGAGGCUUUGCACUGUUACACAAGUUGAGGAACUCAAAUCCAUAAUUCGUUUGCUCCCAGUUUGGGCAACACUGAUUGCCUUUGCAACUGUAUACAGUCAAAUGAGCACCAUGUUUGUUUUACAAGGCAACACAAUGGACCAGCACAUUGGUCCUCACUUCAAAAUCCCAUCAGCAUCACUCUCCCUUUUCGACACGCUAAGUGUCAUAUUCUGGGCUCCAGUGUAUGACCGCAUCAUUGUCCCAUGUGCAAAAAAGUUCACUGGCCAUGAACAAGGAUUCACACAACUCCAAAGAAUGGGCAUAGGCCUUUUCAUUUCCAUUGUUUCCAUGGUUAUUGCAGGGAUUCUAGAGGUUGUUCGCCUCGACAUAAUUAGGAGAAACAAUUACUAUGAUCUUCAAACCAUCCCCAUGUCAAUUUUCUGGCAAGUACCACAAUAUUUUAUUGUUGGAUGUGCAGAAGUUUUUACCUACAUUGGUCAGCUAGAGUUUUUUUAUGGUCAAGCACCUGAUGCUAUGAGAAGCUUGUGUGUAGCUCUCUCACUCACAACUAAUGCAUUGGGAAAUUACAUUAGCACUUUACUUGUCACUAUUGUGACAAAAAUCACCACAAGACAUGGUAGACUUGGUUGGAUUCCAGACAAUCUAAAUAGAGGCCAUCUUGACUACUUCUACUGGCUUUUGGCCAUUCUCAGCUUUCUCAACUUCCUUGUAUAUAUCUGGAUUGCAAAGAGGUACAGAUACAAGAAGGUAGCUGAAAAUACUCGUUGA